GCCGCUGCGGACCGCUGCGGGAAGCUGCCUCGCGACCAGCUCCGCGUCCGCGCGAGCCUGUGUGUGGGGAAAGGCAGGGCGGGGCCGGCGCUUCCUUCGGAGAGGACCGGGCGGCGGGGACUUCGUGGGACGGCAGCGGCGUCGACUCCGGGCCGGGCAGCGCAGGGCCAUGGCCGAGGCGGCCGCGGCUCCGACUUCUGAAUGGGAUUCCGAGUGCCUUACAUCCUUGCAGCCCCUUCCUCUUCCUACACCCCCAGCAGCAAAUGAGGCACACCUACAGACUGCAGCCAUCUCCCUGUGGACAGUGGUGGCCGCCGUGCAGGCCAUAGAGAGGAAGGUGGAGGUCCACAGCCGGCGUCUCCUACACCUAGAAGGCAGGACAGGGACAGCAGAGAAGAAGCUAGCCAGCUGUGAAAAGACAGUGACCGAUCUUGGGAGCCAGCUGGAGGGCAAGUGGGCUGUGCUGGGGACUCUGCUGCAGGAGUAUGGGCUGCUGCAGCGGCGCCUGGAAAACUUGGAGAACUUAUUAAGAAACAGGAACUUCUGGCUCCUGCGGCUGCCCCCAGGUAUUAAAGGCGAUGUCCCAAAGGUGCCUGUGGCAUUUGAUGAUGUCUCCAUCUACUUCUCCACUCCAGAGUGGGAAAAGUUGGAAGAAUGGCAAAAGGAGCUUUACAAGAAUAUCAUGAAGGGAAACUACGAAUCUCUUAUCUCCAUGGAUUAUGCCAUGAACCAACCUGAUGUCUUAUCUCAGAUUCAACCAGAAGGAGAACAUAAUACAGAGAACCAGACAGCACCAGAGGCAAGUGAAAUUCCUGCAGACCCCAGUGAAGAGCCUGGUCUUUCAACAUCAGAUAUUCUGUCUUGGAUUAAACAAGAGGAAGAGCCUCAGGUUGGGGCCCCACAGGAGUCCAAGGAGAGUGAUAUCUACAAAGGCACCCAUGCAGAUGAAGAGCUCGUCAUCAAAGCUGAGGGCCUUGCUAGAGCCUCCUUGUGCCCUGAAGUUCCUGUUGCGUUCUCUGCUCCAGCACCACCAGCAGCAAAGGAUGCUUUUUCAGAUGUGGCUUUCAAACACCAGCAGUCCACUCCCAUGACACCUUUUGGACGUGCAGCCACUGACUUGCCUGAAGCCUCAGAGGGACAAGUGACUUUUACUCAAUUGGGUACCUACCCUCUCCCACCUCCAGUUGGGGAGCAGCUGUUCUCGUGCCAUCACUGUGGCAAGAGUCUAAACCAGGACAUGUUGCUGACUCACCAAUGUGGCCACACUAGCGAGCAUCCCUUACCCUGUGCCCAGUGCCCCAAGCACUUUGCCCCGCAGACUGACCUUGGCAGCACCUCCCAGGACCAUGCCAGUGAGCCACCCCCAACCUGCCCACAUUGCGCCCGGACUUUCACUCACCCCUCAAGACUCACCUACCACCUUCGGGUCCAUAACAGCACUGAGCGCCCUUUCCCCUGUCCGGAUUGCCCCAAGCGCUUUGCUGACCAGGCGCGACUCACGAGUCAUAGGCGGGCUCACGCCAGUGAGAGGCCCUUCCGCUGCACGCAGUGUGGCAGGAGCUUCAGCCUGAAGAUCAGCCUCCUGCUGCAUCAGCGUGGGCACGCACAGGAGCGCCCAUUCUCCUGCCCUCAGUGUGGCAUCGACUUCAAUGGCCACUCGGCCCUGAUCCGCCACCAGAUGAUCCACACGGGCGAGCGGCCAUACCCCUGCACUGACUGCAGCAAGAGCUUCAUGCGCAAGGAGCAUCUGCUCAACCACCGGCGGCUGCACACGGGUGAGCGGCCCUUCCAGUGUGCGCACUGCGGCAAGAGCUUCAUCCGCAAGCAUCACCUCAUGAAGCACCAGCGCAUCCACACCGGCGAGAGGCCCUACCCCUGUGCCCUCUGUGGCAGGAGCUUCCGCUACAAGCAGACGCUCAAGGACCACCUGCGUUCGGGCCACAAUGGAGGCUGUGUGGGCGAAAGCGACCCUGCCACACGGCCCCCCGACCCACCGGGUCCACUCCUAGCUGGCCUGGAAACCUCUGGCCUGGGUGUUAGCACGGAAGGUCUAGAGACCAAUCAGUGGUAUGGGGAAGGGAGUGGAGGGGGUGGGUUGUAAAUCUGGUUUAGCUACGCUCACGACAGGACAGAAAGUCUAUGUGAAGCUCCCAAGCCCUCCACCACUCGCAGUAAUUACUAUCUGACGCAUAAGAGAUUUGGUGUCCUCUAUACUCCACUGGAGACAUGCUUAUGUUUUGGAACUUUACAAAAGUACAAUACCACAUUUUAAAAUACAGAAAGACCUGGAAAGGAGCCCCACAGCCCCUUCUUUUCAAAGGUACCACAAAAACAGAAGUCAAAAAUAUUACAGAGAGGUUGGGAAUGGGAAGCAAGAGUCAACCUCAGGUUAUYCUGUUCCAGGAAAGCAAAAUGAGAACGGACUGCGUCUAGGUAGAGAUAAGUGCAUGGAAAGAGCCCCCAAGCAUGAAGCAGGUCAUCAGGCAUGAGAAUGUGCCAGGCCUUUCAUUAAUUCCUCUAGGUGAGGUAACUUUGGAAGAAUGGGCUUUAGCCACUGUUUAUAUUGCUGCCUCCUGGACACCAGCCGGGCUCUGUUCACACAGCUGCGCAGCCGCCUGUCCCUGAAACAGGAGGACUGAGACUGCCUCCCUAGCUUUCCCACCUUGUCUUUUAAUACAUUCUGUCAAUACCUGCGAACAAAAACCCGACUUAAAUAGCUUAUUUAGGAGAACAGUUCUUAACUUUUGCUGGCUUGGUUGGAAGCAUUCAAGCUGUUGCAUUGGUAUUUAAACUGUCAGAAAUCUUUGCCAAGGUCCUGGUUAGAAAAUUGGAAGCAGAGUUCUCAGCCCAGCUUUAAAAGCUAGAGAUCCCAAGAAGUAGCUGGUGUAACAAUCAUAGAACUGCUUGAACUGCUUAAAACCUGUGCCUGAAACACAAUUUUAGAGUGUUUUAUGUCACAUUCUCCCUUAUCUUUUCCAAGCCAGUAAGCUGGCUUUUCAUUUCUGGUAUCUGCUUGUCUUGAUGAUGAUCAGCAGCAAAGAUCACAGCACUUUCCUGAAACAUUAAGGAGUUUCAGAAAGUGCUGCUGAGCUUUUGUUUCCUCUAGUCAGUCACAGUGUUGUUAUGUGGCAUUCUCAUUCUCCCAUUCAGCAGGGAGGCUGUCUGGUCCCCCCCACCUGCCCUACUCCAUUGGCACCUCCUAGGUCACUUAGAGCUGAACACCACAUGCAGACAAGGAUGACCUGUCUUGCCUGUUACGCUUUUAGGUAACUCAGCUACCAUGAUUUUUUCCUUGGGGUCACUGUUACCUGGGCAGAUCUGAACCUAGUUCUGCUCCUCAGUGUCUUUGCAACUAGUUAAAAGCCCUUUUUUCUUUAUAGCUCUCAAAUUUCAACUGCAAAUUGAGACUGGUAAAAGUGGGAAAGUUAGCCUCUAGAAAUAAAAAAAAAAAAAAAAAAAAAACUGUGAUACAUUCCUUCUCC